AUCCUGACGCCAGUCUGUGUUUCACGAGUAUGGUGAAGAGCUGAUCCAGCAGCAAAACAGCCCCUCUCCCUGCGGUACCUGCUACUGGAGCUAUACUGAUUUCUACGACCCAGAGGACCAUGCUUCUGCACCCCAGAUAACGCCUCCGAGGACCAGGCCUUCACAGCGUGCCUUGUGCACCAUGGCAGGAGAGGCUCAGCAUUCCCAUGCUGUCAAAGAGCUGGACGCAGAGUCCAAACUGCAGGAUGCCGGGACCUCGCUGGAGAAGCACAGUGACAAAACCAAAAAACACUCAUUGGCGCACUUUCCAAGCACUGGUAACGAGGCCAGGCCUGACGGCCGAGGGGCCAAGACCGACAAACUAGAGAAGGAGAGGGAUUGUACUCAGCAGCGAGAGGCUGUCAUACGACCACAAAAGGCUGGGAAGAUUGACUUCAGGUCCCUGCAGAAUAGACCCAAAUGUUCCACUGACAGGCCUUGGCCCAGCGGCAAGAGCAGCCCCCAGUCGCCGAGCGGGAAAGGCCGCAGUCGAGACAAGGCCAAGCGCUCAGGGAAGUCCGAGCGAGGUAACCCUCAACAGCUGUACCGACUGAGCAUCACCAACCCACGCUCCAACCCCACCAUUGGCAUCGCCUACCCGCAGCAGAAGGUCUCCCCACCCAAGAAGCUGGAAGCCAGCCGCGGGCCGGUCUCCGGGAGCUACAGGUUCCACGUCCCCAGCAUCCCGGAGAGAGAGGCCGAGCUGCACCAAGAGGACCUGAGCUACAACCGCUGCUUCCAGGAGGCUUCUCCCAACCUUACCUCCCCAAGCUAUACCUCACAGACACCGACCUCCACAUGUGGUACCUCCGCCCAUCAGCAUUCAGCCAUGACCCAGCAGCAGCAGCAGCAGUCGGCCGCAAUGGAGAACAUCAGUGCACAGCCCAACAGCCAGCAGCUCCUGGCAGAUUUUCAACUGAGUUGCUCCAAUGCAUGGCCGUCUCCAGAGAGGAUUUUUAAUGGUGCUAACUAUGGGAUUUCGUCCCAAAAAUCGACAACUCUCUCUGAGGUCAACAAGGCGGGUGUCUUUGCAUCUGCUCCGUUUCAGUAUGGAUACCAGUUUCUGGAAGACUCCAGCGCCAGCCCUUUCUCUUGUGAACAGAACUCUCAGUCGCAAGACUUCACAGACUCUUCGCAUGUUUCUGCACACGUGAACCACACCUCUUUUUCAUUCGCAAUGGGAGGGGAACUAACUUCGAGUAACACUCAGUUCUGUAAGGAUCCACAGCAGGAGGAGCGUACCUGUUACCCAACCCCACUGUCGUCGCAGUACACCCCAGUUCCACCGGGGGCAGCAUCAUCUCUGCUCUGUCCCAGGAGUCAGAGCGAGGACUCCACUAGUAGCGACAGCUCCGGCUCCAGCACACAGCACCCUGAACAGGGGAAAAACACCCUACAAAAGAGCACAGAGGAUUUUGGACAGGCAAAUAAUGGGGACCUGGCUAUUGAUGCUGGGGGUAAGAGUAAUGGACACCCAAAAGACACAGGUGCCAACCAGAGAGCACUUAUUCAAGGAAGCGUGCAUCAUUCAAGAAGUAAUUCACAAGGUCCAAGUAGCCAAUUACACUUUGCUAACAAAACUUAUCAAAGCUCUUCACACAAUAACAUUCACUUGGGCUCAGGGCCUUUUGAUAAAAAAAUCAACAACAAGGUACAUAACAGAAUACCACACUCGACAUAUUUAUCAGUUGAGCAACAAACGAUCCCAUUUGCUGAUAUGAAUGAAAAGUUUCAGUUCCAAGACCAAAGGCCCAAUUCGUCAAAAAAUGGCAUCAUGCCCUGGCAACAGCUACGGCAAACUUCAAGCCAGAACAAAAUAGAGCUGUCGAGGCAACUUAAUAACCAAAAACUGGCUUACAUGGUUUCUCCCUCUGACUGGCAGGAUGAUUGUAAAUCCCAUAAGAAUGCCCCCACGAAAACUCCUAACUCCUUUCAAAACAAUAAAACAAACGAUGUUUUUUCGAACCAAAGACCAGAUGCUAUUAAACAUGGCAGCAGCAAUGCUAUGCCAAAUUACAAAGCAGAGGCAAACCACGCACAGGUCUGUGAGCCAAAAAAUAAACAGUCCCGUAACUAUAGCUAUCCACCAUUACAGGUAGCCCCCGUGGGCCGUAUGAUGGUGUCCCCGUAUGAGUCCCCUUUGCCUUCUCCUCUGCUGUCACCAGUGCAUAACCCAACUUCCAGCAGCACCUGCUCCUCGCUCUCUCCAGCAUCCACCAGUCCUGUUAACCAUAGCUCAGAGGAUGGCCCGAUGUCGAAGACAGGCGUCCCUCCAACAUUUUAUCACCAGCACCAGACCAAGACACAGUUGCCCUCAGACCACUUGGGAAACAAUUCUCAUCAUUUCCACUCUGAAGUCCCCCGAAAUAUGCCUUAUGGGUCGGACAGAGGAAAAGACGACAUGCUGAGCUACCUGCACAACGGUGUGAACCCUAAAAAUAAUAUGGAUGGAAACAAGGGUUUCAUGGACAGCUUUGGACUGGAACAUCAUCAACCACCGCCGCCAUACUCAGCGCAUCAGCUGCUUGCCACUUCCUUAGCAACGGCUAAUCUGGACCAGUUAGAUGUGGUGCUGACGUGUAAGCAGUGUGAUCAGAAUUUCAACAACCUGGCCUCGUUCUUGGGUCAUAAACAGUAUUGCUCUCAGCAUUCUUUCUCACACAUUGACCUCAAAGACAUAUCCAAGAUGGAAGAUGGCAGAAAGUUUCACGCAGACCCAUCAAAGGUUCAGACACAUGGUGCUAACACAUCCAUACCGAGAUGUCCAUCAGAUCUUCAUCUAUCUCUUUUGGGCCUUAAUAAAAAUGGAGAGCUGAUGUGUGACGGUGAAACAAAAGGCGAUCACAAGGAGGAUCAACUCAAACUCAGUUUGUUCUCUGGAUCUGGCAAUCUACCUGUCCCUCUUCCUGAGUUGGAAAUGGAGGAUGCUAAGCUAGACAGUUUAAUUACAGAAGCGUUGAAUGGACUGGGAUAUCAGUCAGAUAAUGCAGAGAUAGACAGCAGUUUUAUUGAUGCAUUUGCUGACGAUGAUCUUACCACUAUCAAAACAACUUCGAACAAACAAUCUUUGAAAAACAAAGAGUCCAUUGCCACUGACUGUAAAAGCAAAACUAUAAAAGAGGACAGGAAUUCGACAGAAUCAAAGUAUCUGUAUGACUCCAAUGAUAAACACGAAACAGACAAGUAUACAGAGAUCAAAUUUGAGAAAAUGUCUCUGAAUAUGGAGAAAGAUGAGAAAAUGAUCAUAAAGAAAGAGACCUCUCCUAAACAAUCGCAAAUCUCCCCUCAGGGGAUGUUGAGGGAAAGAGAUAUUAAAGAAACAGAUGCUAGUAAACAGUUUUCAAGUGAGGAUUUCCGCGCUCCCCGAUUAGUCCUCAGCAGCAAGUUUGCUGAGCGUUGCGGUCUUAAAGGUUUUCAGGACAGCUCGGUGUCCAGAGCAUCCACACAAACACAAUCCCAGCCAUCCACUGCAACCCAAACAUCUCCACCAACAACCAAAGCCAUCAAAGAGAAUAAACGAAAAAGAAGCAGUGGUGGCACUUGGAGCAAGGAGCUUAUUCACAAGAUAGUUCAACAGAAGAACAAGCUUCAUAAGCUCCACGUUAAAGGAACCAAAAACCUUCAGUUCUCUCUUGUCAUGGACAAAGUCACUCCCAGCGUGCAGAACCCAGCCUUUGGAGAGUAUGAUUAUGUGUCGGACGCAGAUGACGAAUGUGAACCCGUGAAAAUUGCGACCCAGGGCCGUCUCAGCCAAAGCAGUCGGUGUAAAUACACGUACACUAAGGAGAGCAAAUGGAGGGCUAGGGGGGAGAGGGAGCAGGCCGCAUGGAGACAUGAGUCCAAAGAAUGCUUUGAAGUGAAGAAGAGUGAAGCGGUGUCCCUCCAACCUGAGAAAUAUGGUUCCCAUCAGAAGGUCAGGAGGCGGGACAGCAGGUCCUCCACCAGCAGCGACCUCAGUACAUCUGUGAGCGUUUCUAGCGACAACGUCAGCAGUCCCAAAAGCACUGACCGCACCGACUCAGACUGUGAGAAGAGGACGGAGAUGCAGACGAAAGAGUUUCCGGAGCAGAGGGGAUCAUCGCCGCACAAGUCGUACGACAAGACCCGCACAUCUGCAGCACUGUCCUUCACUAAAUCUUCCAAAAUGGAGAAUGCAGAUCAGUCUGGUCAUUCUUCUGUCAAAGACGGUUCAAAGAUCCUCAAGAGCUCUCAUUCAAGCCCAGAUAUUGCUGAUAUGUCGUCAUUAUCAUCCAAAGCAAAUAAUGCACUCAAGAACCAUGAGAAAUGUAAAAACCCACUUACGAUAUCGAAGUCAGAGUCACAUAGCAGAGAAAUCGGCACAUUUAGUUAUGACAUGAACACAUCACAGAGAACAGACGAAACUCACAAAGACGGCUUGACGGCCCAAUCUUGUCAUGCUCAUAUUGAGCAACUACAGCUUGACUCGCCGCAAUCCGUCACUGUCAACAAAGAGGAUUUGAAUCAUGAGAAGGAGAGAGGCUCAGAGGGCAUAGCAACAUGCAAAAUAAACGAUAGCCCGGGGCAAGAGGCAACACAAGCAAAGUUUACAAACACUGACUUUUUUGAUAAGCACAGUGAGGAUAUCUGCAAGGAGGAAGAUGCAGUUGCAUUAGGGAAGGACUUUGCCCCCAAGCCUCCAUCUCUUUGCAGUUCCUUCAUGGAUGACGUGUGCCUCUCUCCACCCGAAAGCCACGAUUCAUUACUACAAAAAGACACAUCUCACCUCAUGCCUUAUCCUCUUGAUCAGGACAACGGACUGAUGAAGUCCCCACUGUCGUUUGACACAUCAUCUGUGUUUGGGGACCUGACGGUGGCAGGGUUUGAUAACAGUCUUUAUUCAGACAUCCCUUUGCAGAAAGAGGGGUUCAGCUCAAUAGAAAACACACUUGAUAAGAAGGAAGCUUUUGAUUCCUCUUUCUCUCCCUUUUUGGAACAACGAGAGUGGAGCCUUAUGGUGGAUGUCAGUCCAGUGCUACCAGAGGAGAUUUCUCAGUACAAGGGAGACGAAGUGAAAUCCAAUGAAAAUAAAUCUGAUUUUAAUCACGUUCCUUUAUCUCUGCCAGAUAAAAUCAUGGACUACAGUGCAAAUCUAAACAGCUGUGCGUCAGAAGACGAGCUCGAGAUUAAGAGAAUUGUGAGUGAACUUGAGAACCAGCUACAGACGACGAAGAUACAGAGUCCGGCACUGCUCCCCGAAAACACCCGAAAACAUCUGCAAAUGAGCAAGUUCUCUCCCCUCCGGCUGAUCGAUGAUUCUGACAAUGAUGGCACCGGUCUGGAUAUUCACUGUCCUGUGCAAUCCUUGAGCGUGCCGGUCAGCAGUCUCUCAUCCGAACAUUUUACCGACCAGGUUCUACCGUGGUCUAGUCCAUUCCAGUUUGACCUGAUUGAGGUGGACCAAAAUACUCCGACACACAAUGAGCCGGGGCCUCUUGAACAUUUCAGCGAAAGGGAAGACGAGGUGACGGAUAUAGGUACAAGUGUACAUUCAACACAGAAUGAAUCAGCAUUGUUACAAAUCAGCGAGCACACAGCUGAACACACAAACUGUGACAAAGAAAAAACUCUUACAGAAACAAAGGAAGAAAUUCUGGAAGAGAAAAGAUACACCGAGAAUCUUAUUAAAAGCCUGGAGGUGAUUUCAGACUCUAUUUUCAAAGAAGAAUCCAUUAUAUCGGAAAAACAGGAGAUGAAUGUCAGCCCACGCAAAGGCCAACUUGAUCCAGAAAUUGAAUGUCAACUAUCUGAUGCAAUAGACAGAGAAGAUCACAGCGAGGGGGAAGUCAUUACAGAGACGGACAAUAUAUUAAUGUCUCCAAAUAUCAUUGAGCAAAAACAGGCUAUUGAAUUCAUUCUGAAUGAGUCACAGUCUCUGUCUCUGUCCAACACCACUGAGCCCAUUGCUGAUGGAAUCCGCCCGAUUGUGCUGCAGUCAAGUGAACCCUUAGAGAGCAAUAAUAAUGGGGCCAACACAGAUGAUGUAUCCCUUCAGAAAGAUAUUACGCUUGACAGCAACACCAUGGAGUCUGCCUAUGGUUCAGGAGAGAUGGAGGGUUCUGAUGUGGUGCAGGGGACUUGUGCGAACAGUAAUGCAUUGGACAAUCUAAAUAAACUCUUCAAAAGCAAUAUGGACGAUGACAAACACUCCGCCAUAGACAGUCAAGAGGAGGAAGAAGAGGCAGUUAAGGGAAUCACUAGUGACUCAGAUGCCCAUUCCCCCUCAGCAGACAAUGCUGCUGAUGCCGAAAAAGAGCUGAGUGAGAAUAUCGAGGAUGUGAAGGAAACAAGCUUGCUACAGAGGGCUUCUGAGUUCCAUGCUGACAGUGCUCAUCUGUAUUCAACCUUUGCUGAGCAACAGGGACUGGGUACUUCUGAACAUCUACAAGAGGAUAGCAACAUGCAGACCACCAUCACAAAACAAGAGGAUUUUGUUGGUCAUGUUGCCCAUCAAAACUACAGCCACACCGAGAUGUACAGUGCUGUUCUUGCAGCCGAAAGUCCCCUGGAGGUAGUGACCACAGAAAAACUUUACAGCCCAAUAUUGAUGGAAACCAACGCAGAAUGCCAGGGUAGAAACAGCCCAGAAGCUCCAACCACCGAGGGAGAAAGUAGUAUGUUGAUGAUGCAGCCACAGUUUAGCGACAUCCAGAAGGGUCCAGAUUAUUGUAAAGUGAAUCCCCCACAAACUAAAUCGGAUGUUCAAUCCAACAGUAUUCAGGAGCAAGUAGAAGAGCUUCCGACUGUCGAAGACAGCGGGGCACAACUUCCACAAGAAGAUCUCGUGGCAAGCCUCAAAAGUUCACCCUGCAGCAGGAAUAUGGAUGCAGAACAUAUUCAAUGUACCUCAUAUCCUGCUUCACCUGCCAAUCUUCCCAUCAUUCCAAUUUCUCCAGUACCGUCCUUGGAAAAUGUGGAAAUGCAAGAGAAUACAUGUCAGUCACAAAGCAAUUGUGACAGUACAACCAUCGAGCAAGAACCACUUCCAAACACACCUUCUUCACCAUUCCCAAGCAGCAAAGGGGAAACUGAACACAUCGAUGAGGCAGAGGACAUCGACCAGCCAUUGACCACAGCAGCAGAGAUGGAGUAUACUUUAAUUAGUCCCCCUCAUUUGGAUCUUGGGAUUAACGGGUGUAAAACGUUGAGCGAUGAAACCAGCUCUGCCGAACCACUUCCGCCGAGCACCGUGGCAGAUCCACCCGAGGCAUCAGAUGAUGUUACAAAGAGGGACGACACUUUGUAUGAUUUUAGACUCAGCCCCCUGGACUACAAUUGCAUCUCAAAUGACCCCCCACAGCUCAAGCAUUAUGACUACAUCCCUAUAUCACCAGAGAAUGAUGCAGAGGAUAAAGAGAUGGUCCAGAGUCCCAGAAAGAUUGGUGAACCGUGUGAGCUCAGGAUUGACCCAGCACUGAUGUCCAUCAAAAACACACCAGACGAAGGAACAGAAGAGCCAUCAAAGACAGAUUCACAAGCUCAACUGAUUUUACCAGACGAACCUCAGGGCAGCGAUGACAGCCAAUGUCUUAAAUAUCCUUGCAUUGCAUUGGAUUUUCCCCCUCACAAUAAAUGCACAGAUUCCUCAAGCGAUGUCAAUACAACUGUGGAAGUUGACCAUAACACGGUCAAAUCCAUUGAUCCUGUCAACGUCGACGUCAUGAGUCAAGCUGGAUCAGGUGAUGAUAGCGCUCUGUGUAUGCAAGAAACCGCAACAAAAUACCACAGAGAAGACACAUCGGACGGCUUGUUCGCCUUGAAGCCCCUGAUCAUCUGUGAAAAGGUGGAUGCUUUACAAAAACAACUAGCAAUAGAGAACAAACUUCAAAAAACCAUAGUCAACCAUCUACAAGGGGAUGCCUCGCCAAAAAUGGCAGAUGAGAGGAGCAACAUGCAACAGGGGAAAGCACUCUGUGACAUCUGUUCCAUGUGCUUCAGGACAGUCCCAGGGUUAAAAAGACACAAGGCAAUGAAACAUUCAGUCAAAGCAGACAAAAACAUUAUCCUGGACAUUCCAAAUCAUCAGAGGAAUAUUCUCAGUUCCAAACCACCAUCAACUACCGAGAAGCGCCUCAAAGAUAAUUCACAACGGUGCUUCCAGAACAAAAUACAUGGACUGUCUAAAAGUCUCCAUACUGAGAUAAAUGAUGCUGUAAUCCCAUUGAAUACGUCAGAGUCAGAUAUGAUCAUAGAGCAUAAGGCACCGGAGUCAGCUGUUACACUGGCAGCAGAUGAAAUAACCAACCAUAAGCCUUCCCUGUCUACAAAGGUAAAGAAAAUGUACAAAGCCAGGAAGAACAAAAACAGCGAAGUAAGCGACCAGACAGACUCUUUCUCAGAUGAGCUUCUGAAAAUAUUGAAAACAGACAUUUUACAAGCGAUAACUCCUGAAUUCCAAAACCAUGGAAUUCAAGAGCUCUCUGAGUCAUCUGAAGCCCAAAUAAAAAUAAACAAUCUGCUAAACAAGACAAUUACUGAAACUCAAGAGUUUCCAAACUGUGUUGCCUCAAACUGUGGCUUGGAUAGCCUAACCAAAAAUCCCACAAAAGAUGCAAAUCUCUCAAAUGAAAUAAGCAAAGUAAAGCUAAACAAAACUGACACUGACGGACUGGAAUGCAGAAGUUUGAAUGAGACGGUCAAUGGAGAAGAAUCAUCUAAGGACAUUAGAGAGGAUUGUGGACCUCCACACAAGGAGACGACUGAAGAAUCUUGUGAACUAAGUGUGAAUGUAGAUGUGGUUGAAGAAAAGAAAAAAAUUCAAGAAAAUAAAGAAGUCCCAGAGAAGAAAGUUGCACAGGAAGUACUUCAAACAGUGUUAGUCAAGUUAGAAUGUGAGAAAACAAGAGCUCCUUCAGAGGAAGCAGAUGACCCUCUCUCCGCCCCGGUUAAAGGUUUUCUCGACGACGAUGCCACAUUUUCACAGCUCUUCCCCAGAGACGAGGACACAAAGAGGAAAAAGCCUCCUCGAGUUUACAGCAAGAAGAACAAAAGACAGAAGCUCUCCCCUGAUACACAUACGCUACAAGACUGCCCUCCUUCUCAAGACCAAUGCGCUGACAAUCAAACUGACAAAACAUUGAACAACAGUCAAAGAAACCACUGUGAAUAUGAGACAAUAUCUAUUGAUGAUGCCAUCAUGUUGAAUAUGUGCCACAACAGCUCCUUGAAGGGGGAUCCCAAGACGGCGUCAGAAAUCAAUCAAAGUGUCAGUGAUCAUGAAAAAAUCCCUGAUAAUCACCAGAAGCCUGUCAGCAACCACUUAAGUCCAAUCGAAGGCUCUAUUGAUAAAUCCUUAGUGGAAAGGAGCAGCUUGAGCGACAAUGCAAGUCUACCUGCUGAGCAAAAGGUAUCUUCUGACCCAAUCAAAUCCAAAGAAGAUGUGCAGACCACACAAUGCUCUGUGAAGCCUCCUCAGGCCCCCCAUCCUCCAGAACCAAGUGUCACAGACAAUGUUCCCAAUUUCCACAGCAUUGACAUUCAGAAUAUCAAGACCACAUUUCAGCUGCCUGAGAUCCAGUUCUUUGAGUCUAGUAAAGACAUCACUGUGGGUCCUCCCAUAGCAGCACCUGACCCAGAGAACAAAGACACAGAGAAAUCCAAGAAACCAACAGAACGCAGAGGCAGGAAGCGUCAGGAUGGAAGCCUAAAGGUGAAGGAAAAGGAGUACAAGUGCAAGGUGUGCUUCACCUGGUUCCUCACACUGGGUGAGCUGAACUUCCAUAAGCUCUCGCACAACCCCUCCCCGCCGCCCACCUGCUAUAUGUGUGUCCAGCGUAAGUUCAGCUCCAGGGAGCAACUGAGAGACCACUUGAGAGAGAAACAUGCCAAGAACAAAGCGGGCAUCUGGACAUGUGGGAUGUGCCUGAAAGAGAUAUCCGAUGUCUGGAUGUACAAUGAACACUUGCGCGAGCAUGCCACCCAGUUUGCCCGGAAGGGCCAAACACAGGGGUCGAUGCUAGGUAUUCCAGGCACCCUCAUGCAGGAGACGGCUGUGAAGAACUUCAUCACCUCAAUCAUGCAACACCGGCCUUCCAAAGCCAACAAAGAAUCCACCAAAGUCCAAAAGGCUCAAGAGAAACCAGCAGUUCCUGACAUGCCGGUGGGGGAGGGGAAGACUGCUGCUGCCGAGAGAGUGGAACCCAAAGUUCAGAAAAGCAAAAACAGUAACGGAACCAGUGAGAAGCCAGUCGAGGUCGUCCACAAAACAGACACGCCUAGAAAUGUUGAGAUGCAUCCUAACUGCAAAGAUCCCUCCAGAGACUGCCAUCACUGCGGGAAACAGUUCCCUAAGCCAUUCAAGCUCCAGAGACAUCUGGUGGUUCACAACUUGGAGAAGAUCUUCCUAUGUCAUAAAUGUCCAGUUUCAUACCAGGAGGCCCAAGAACUAAAAGACCACCUAAAGACGGUGCACGAGGAGAUGGAAGACUUCGAGUCAAAACAUACAACCCUCUACACCUGUGAGCUCUGUGCUGAUGUCAUGCACGUGAUCAAGAAAUCCUUCAUUUGCAGCACAUGCAACUACACCUUUUCUAAAAAGGAGCAGUUUGACCGUCACAUGGAAAAACAUCUGUUGGGGGGAAACAAGAUUUUCAAGUUCAAAGGGGUGCUUAGACCUGUGAAAGCGGCUACCUCUAAAGACAACGUGACGUCAGACUUCCCCCCAGGCAAGAAGAGGAAAAUCAUGAGCGAGUGUAUGCAAGAAAACAGCUCAGACAGUGGGAUAGCCAGCGUUGGCUCCCUGCACUUGAACCCAAGUUCUGAAACGCCGUCUUCAAAAUCAAACGUAACCGUGGCUGACGACUCCACACAGACGAGCACCAACGUCUAUCGCAACGACCCACAGAGUACGAGUGUUAAAACGGAGGACGAUGUUGAGGAAUAUCCAGACCCCUUUGGGGAACUCGAUCAAUGUUCCUUUCACAAUGAAUCAUCAGAAUCGGAAUCACCCCAGAAAGAGGAAAGAUAUCCCAGCAUGUUGCCAGCGCUGCCAGUGAAAGAGGGUUGUGAAAGACCCGCUUCUGAAUUAUGCGAUGUUAAGGAGGAGGAGGACGAGGUGGCGGGUAUCCCGGCAGAGGCAACAUCUCGGCGGUUAGCCUCUAAAGAGAACAGUGACGUUGGACAAGAGCGGGGGAGAGAAAAGCCCCCCUCAGCUGACAGCGGCACAGCCGACGCCAGGGAGAAAGCAUCAGAGAGUAGGUGUUCGGUCGCAUCCAGCGAGGAUUUGCCCGGUUCAACAAGAAAUCCAUCUGUAGCAAACAACCAGACCUCAGAAAAGUCUCACAUAGAUCAACAGAGAGACGAUAGCCAGGGGAAAGAAUCGUACAAGCCUAACGGCAGCAAUGACGGGAGGCAGGACAAUCUAUCAAACAGUACUGAGCCGCAAGCAAGCAGUCCGACGAAAGACAAAGCGUCCCUGAUGAAAACCAAUGAAGGCUGUAGAACCAGCACGACGAGGCCAUCGGAACCAACUCAGACCAUCAAAGGGUCAUCAAAUGGCUCAGACUUAAUCGAGGACAGGGAGUCUCUGAGACAGCAAAAGAAAAGGAAAGAGAUGAAGUCUCCCUGUAGCUCGCAGAGAAUCUGCUCUCCUGCCACGCGUGAGAAUCUUGAUGUUGACGCAAAGACGAAAAAGAAGUUUCGUCUCAACAAGAGCGAGAGCCCUUCAUCGCAAAAGAAACCAGAGGGCCCGAGCGAUUAUGCAGUGCUCUCUUCAGUCAGGGACGAUGUUGUGAGCAACAAGAUUAUCUCCAAGAGCAAAACGUCCAAUCUGGGCUUGCAGGCCAAGAGGGGCUUGCUUGACAACUGCCUUUCAAAGAAAGCAGAGAUUGUAGCCCAUGUGAAUGGGGAUUGCAAGGCGAAAAAGGGAACUUUAGGACGUUGUUUGCAGUCUCCAGUAUCUAAGGGAUCAUCGACUCCUAAGAACAAUUCCCUGAAUAAGCCUCGGCCGAAGAUUGGAGUCAGGUCGAUGGAAAGCCAUUCCUACCGGACCGCAGAGUCUCAGAACCACCUCCUGAGCCAACUAUUUGGCCAAAAACUCACUAGCUUUAAGAUUCCUUUAAGAAAGGACACAUCGGAAUCAAUGAACUGAGGGGUGGGCUGUGGGAUCUGUGAAAAGGAGACUGCAUUGUUUGCAGUUACAAAUUAUUAUGACAAUUCAUUAUGGUGAAUGAGAUUGCACAGCUCUUUUCUGUGAAAUGAAAUUCUUAAUACUUGUAUAGUCACUUUAUGUCUUCUUUUGAAAGGUGUUUUUUUUAUUACAAACACAAAUUUACAAAUGUGAGGACUGAUUAACUUUUAGUCAACGAUGCUUGUUGGGCUAUCAUGAAUUUGUUUAUCUGCUAAUUCAUUUUUUUGGACAAUUUCCAUUUCAGAGAUUAUAUUUCAUCCAUACACCUAAAGGAAAGAAAAAAAUAAUACUUGAAAAUACAUUAUAUUUUUUCAAGAGAUGCAAGUUUUGCAUUCACAAAAUUUUAAGAGUUUAUUGUCUUAUUUUGUAAAAGUACCGCAUAAGAGUUUAACUAAUCUAGAAUUUUUGUUGCCGCACCUUUUUUUGUUUUUGUUUUUCAACAUGCUUAUACAAAGAUAUCAAGCAGAACAUGUUUCUCCUUUUGCAUUUUGCUUUACUGUACUACAUUGACCACAUCGAUUCAUUCUAUUAGCUGUAUGUAUGCAUAACAUGGUGCUGCAACAUGUACGUUUUGUAUGGUAAUGUGAAUGCCAAUGUCCUCAGCAAGGAACGCGAGAACCUUUUGCGAUUACAGCAAUCCAACUGUUUCUCUGUAGCGGUGACAGUAAUCCAGCUGGUUCUCUAGUUUCUUCUAAAUGGUAACGAUACUGUGUAGCCUCCCAGCAGUCCAAGUGUUGGCUGAUAGGAAACAAACAUAAAGGUUAUCUUUGGUAUGAACUCAGGUGCAUUCAAGGGCCUGUGCGCGGCCCUUCAUCCUGUAUUAGGAGUUCAUCCAACGCACUGAUACCGUCACACACAAAAAUCACACACUCAUCCGUGUCCGUGCUCCAACUUUUUAAUCAACCCUCAUGUAUUUGCUAGAACACAGAAAAGGUGCUGUAUCCUGUUCAUACUGUAUCUUAUAUUGUAUAAUAAUGUAGGUAGUUUAUUUUCUGGUGUAAUGCUUCAUGUCAAAGAUUUAUUUUAAUAAUGUGUAUAAGAGACAAAGAGCAAGCAGAAAGGGAAAUGCAAUGCCUGCAGGCUGUCAAGUGGUUCACCAAGUGCCCCUUUUCAAGUUGGCUAAUAAAGAUCUGUAUCGGUG